AGAAGAGGUAGAAGAGGAAGAUGAAGAGAGAAGAGGAGAAACGUGACACGACCGCUGAAGUUGGUGACUGAGUCCUUGGUUGUGACGGUGGGCGGGGCUUAGCCUGCUGAGCCGCCGUCUGAUUGGUGCGCGGGGAUGAUUGCUACCGGCGGCCUCCUGCGCAUCAACAGGAGACAAGAAUCAGAGACACACAAAACACACAAAACACACACACACAAGAGGAAGAAGAAGGGAGGAGAAGGAGAGGAGGAGCUCCCAGGAGACCAAGGAGACGGCAGAGGAGGAGAACAAGAAGAAGGAGGAGGAGGAGGAGGAGGAGGAGGAGAAGGAGGAAGUGAUGAUGGGUUUAACCGGACGGACACCGUCAACGGGACGAGCCGACAGCUUCCGCCAGGCUUUCUGCAGGACUUCCUGGACAGGUAUCUGUCCUCUGAUUGGCUGAAGGUUUUCGGUCCUCUCAUCAUGGGCAUCGGGAUCUUCCUCUUCAUCUGUGCGAACGCCGUCCUGCACGAGAACCGAGACAAGAAGACGAAGGUCAUCAACCUGCGGGACAUCUACUCCACGGUCAUCGACCUGCACGCCCUCCGAAAACCCAACGCCACCACGGGCGCCACGCAGCGCCACGGCAACACGCUCAAUGGCAUCAUCAACUACGUCCAAUCACAGAGCCUCGAGACCAAGAACAGGAAGUACCCCGCAUCGCUGAGCCGGAGGGAGAGAGAAGAAGAAACCGAGGAAGGAAAGGAGGGAAGAGAGGGAGGAAGGGAGGGAGGAAGAGAGUUACUCCUCCUUUCCUCCCAUCUGUCUCACCCCUCCCUGUCUCACUCCUCCCUGUCUCACCCCUCCCUGUCUCACCCCUCCCACCUGUCUCUCUCCUCCCUGUCUCACCCCUCCCACCUGUCUCUCUCCUCCCUGUCUCUCCCCUCCCACCUGUCUCACCCCUCCCGCCUGUCUCUCUCCUCCCUGUCUAACCCCUCCCACCUGUCUCAUCCCUCCCUGUCUCACCCCUCCCGCCUGUCUCUCUCCUCCCUGUCUCAUCCCUCCCACCUGUCUCUCUCCUCCCUGUCUAACCCCUCCCGCCUGUCUCUCUCCUCCCUGUCUCACCUCCUGUUGUCCUCUGCGUGCACGCCCCCCCCCUCCCACCGGAGGCGGAGCCUGCCAGCGAGCGCCGCUGGUUACACGGAGAGGACGAAUCGUUUGGGUCGACCGAUGUGACAUCACACAGGAAGUAUUCCGACCAAUCAGUGUGACUUCAGUGUGACUUCAGUGUGAUGUCAGAGUGACUUCAGCGUGAUGUCAGCGUGAUGUCAGAGUGACUUCAGCGUGAUGUCAGCGUGAUGUCAGCGUGAUGUCAGCAUGAUGUCAGCGUGAUGUCAGCGUGAUGUCAGAGUGACUUCAGCGUGAUGUCAGCGUGAUGUCAGAGUGACUUCAGCGUGAUGUCAGCGUGAUGUCAGCGUGAUGUCAGCAUGAUGUCAGCGUGACGUCAGCGUGAUGUCAGCAUGAUGUCAGCGUGAUGUCAUAGAGGAACUGGUUCAUGUCGCAGCAAUAAGGAGUCUUCCAGAUGAACAACUUU